AUGAAGGAGAAAGUGCUCUGUGAGCCGUUUGCGGCUGAUGCUCCACUGCCGCCGCCGCCCGCCACUGCUGCCCGAGAAGAAGUGAUACACCUCAUCCAGCAUCAAACUUUUAUACCACAUCCGAGCAAGGAACGAGUUUUGCAUAUGUGA